AUUUAGGUGGAGCUCGACUAGGGGCUGGACUUCUGCUGGACAGCAUGUUUCAUUUGCAUGUCUUUGGACUUGAUGUUUUUUUUUUAAUCUUGAGUGCUGAUGGUGCUUCUCAAUCUCCUCCUGAAUCCUCUUGAAGAGACCUAUGAUUUGCAUUGAUUUGAAUUGAUUUGCAUUGUCUUGUACAGUAAUUAAUUGUUUUGGUCGUGGUGGUCUUUUGCUGACUCUUGCUGUUUCAUGAGAGUUGCAAGCUUUCAUGAGUACUCGAGAUUGCUUGUUUGAAUAUUUGGCUUACCUGUUGCAGUUAUCCAAAGCACUUGGCAUCAGAUACGUUUUUAGUAGCGUUUCAUCUUUGCCAUGUCCCGCGUUGCCAGCAUCGUGUGCGCAGUGUCUCUGGUGCUCUACGGCGCCAGCUGCUUCAUCCUUCCUGCAAGCACACCACGUGGUGCGCCGCAGCAGGGUGCCGGUGCUGUGGCACAGCCAAGUGCUUCCAGCGUCGCUCCUGAGUCUGCUGGAUCUUGGAGCCCAAUUGCCAUUGGUGCUGCCCUUGGACUGCUGGCUGCUGUGGCCACUGCCCGACCAGCCUUGGCAGCAGACUUGGAGAACGGCGAGGCCGUCUUCCAGGGCAACUGCACUGCCUGCCAUGCUGGUGGCAACAACAGCAUCGUGGCAGAGAAGAAGCUGAAGAAGGAUGCCCUGGUCACUUACGGCAAGUACGAUGUGGGUGCCAUCAUCACGCAGGUCACCAACGGCAACGGCUCCAUGCCUGCCUUCGGCGACAAGCUCGGCCCAGAUGACAUCGAGGAUGUGGCAAACUAUGUGUACAACAAGGCCGACAAGUGGUGAUCCCUGGUUGUUGAUCGUACUUCUCCAGGUACUGGCGCUGUUUGAAAUCUUGACGCCCUACCCCUUUUCUUUGCGAUACAGCCAUGUUGUCAUGCAGCCGUAUCGUGAC